AUGUCUCUUUACAACGAAUCUGCAGUGGCUAAGGCUGUUUGGGACGAAGCUGACCGACAUCUUGGUGAAGUGUAUGGAUUCAGUAUUCUUGAAAUCGUUCGCAACAAUCCUAAGGAGAAAGUUGUUCACUUUGGCGGAAUCAAGGGACACGGAAUCCGACAGCGAUACAUGGAGAUGUCAUACCAGACCACCGAUAAAGAUGGCAACGUCAAGACUUUACCCUUGUUCGGAGACAUCGAUCUACGAACCUCCCGAUACACCUUCUCAUCGCCUACCGGUCUUUUAUAUGCGACUCAAUUCGCACAGAUCGCAUUGGUGGUUACUGAAAAAGCUGCCUUUGAGGAUAUGCGCGAGAAGGGUUUGGUACAAGAAGGCGCAGCGUUUGCUGGGCACAGUCUUGGAGAGUAUUCUGCGUUGGCGAGUAUGGCUGGUAUUCUUCCUAUUUCCUCUUUGGUCGAUGUCGUCUUUUUCCGAGGUAUCACCAUGCAGCGUGCAGUUGAGCGAGAUGAACAUAAUCGAUCCAACUAUGCUAUGGCCGCUGUCAAUCCUAGUCGAAUUGGUAAAAGUUUCACUGAUGCAGCUCUUCGAGAGGUGGUCGAGACCAUCUCCAAGCGAUGCAACGUCUUGUUGGAGAUUGUCAAUUUCAACGUCGAAGGUCAACAAUAUGUCGCCGCGGGUGAACUGGUUGCUUUACAGACCUUGACCAAUGUCCUCAACUUCUUGAAGAUUCAAAAGAUCGAUAUCGCGAAACUACAGGCGAUGAUGUCACUAGAGGAAGUCAAAGAUAAACUUACCGAGAUUGUCGAUGAAUGUCACAAGGAAUCCGUGGCCAAAGAGAAGAAGGAUGGAUUCAUUGUUUUAGAGCGUGGUUUUGCAUCGAUCCCAUUGCCCGGAAUCGAUGUACCAUUCCACUCGCGGUAUCUAUGGGCUGGCGUGAUGCCCUUCAGAGCAUACCUAUCGAAGAAGCUCAACCCCGCUCACCUCAAUCCCGAAUUGCUCAUUGGCAAAUACAUUCCUAACUUGAUUGCCGAGCCGUUUCAAAUCUCAAGGGAAUAUGCCGACAGAAUCUUUCAACAAACUAACUCGCCGAGACUUGAGAAGGCUUUGAAGAACUGGACUGCAGAUGGUUGGGACCUCCCUGAGAAUCGUAACAAGCUAGGUUAUGUCAUCAUUGUGGAGCUCUUGGCGUACCAAUUUGCAUCGUAA